CGUGCAUCCAUAAAAAAGACAAUUGUACAAAAAAGUAAACAACUAAUGGCCUUCUUAUGGUUCAUGAUCUAUUAUACUUUGUGUUCCCUUUUCUCAACUACGAUUUCGGAGCAGAUAAAUUCUCUCCCUGGACAAACCGUCAAUGUUACCUUUAAGCAGUUCUCCGGCUACAUAGUAUCGGAUGAUUAUUAUGGAAGAUCGCUCUUCUACUAUUUCGUCGAAGCCCAAUCAAAACGUUCGCCAACCCUCCUCCCUCUUACUCUUUGGCUUGGAGGAGCACAUGGCUGUUCUUCGUCUGGCAAUGCUUUGUUCACUGAAAAUGGUCCAUUCAGGCCUGCAAAAGACGGGAAACUGAUACUAAAUCCAUUUUCUUGGAACUUAGUGUCGAACAUGUUAUACGUGGAUUCCCCAAUCGGAACUGGGUUUUCUUUCUCUAAUACUGACUCAGACUACACCAAAUGGAAUCAUAGCAUGACAGUGCAUGAAAAUAUGAAGUUCGUCCUCAAGUGGUUUGAGAAAUUUCCCAAGUACAGAAACUCAGAUUUUUACUUGGCUGGGGAUGGUUCCGCAGGGCACUUAAUACCGCAACUUGCUGCAUUAAUGCUUGAAUACAAUCAACACAAUGAUGCCAUGCCGAUCAAGUUAAAAGGCAUUGCUCUUGGGAACCCGGGUAUGGGUACUCCGGGUAUAGAUACAGCUGACUAUCUUUGGUACCACGGAGUCAUAUCUCAAGAGUUGUACACUAUGCUAAAGACGGUUUGUAGCUAUGCAAAACAAUUCUACGAGGGGCAUCAUGGUAAAUUCUCUAAAGACUGCCAGAUAGUUUCAGAUAAGAUGGAUGAGGAGUUGGGGGAGGACUUUGAAAUGGAUAGUUUGCUUUCUCCAAACUGUGUACCCUCAAAUUCUGUGGCUAGUGACAAUAUCAUUGGUUCCCCUUGCCUUUCUCAAUAUGCAUCGUCUUAUUUAAAUAAGCGAGAAGUUCAAAAAGCUGUACACGUGAACAAGACUCGUUUGCCAUACAAUUGGGAUAUUUGUCAAGGGGCUCUCAAGGUUGAGAAGGAUGCAUAUGAUACUAAAAACUUCCAUACACUAGCAACACUUUUAAAGAGGCGUACUAGAAUCCUAUUUUACAGUGGAGAUCAAGAUGUAUCUGUUCCCGUGGUAGAGACUAGGAAAUUUGCACAGAUACUAGCUGAACAGUUCAAGCUUGUCCAUCUGCAGAAGAAUAGACCAUGGUACAAUGGCUUUCAGGUUGGAGGAUGGAGCGAUGCAUUUGGAAAAUUAAGAGAAGGAAAAAAUGUGACAUACUUGACCUUUGCAUCCGUGAAGGGUGGAUCUCAUUUUGUUCCACUCUCAUCUCCAUCAGAAGUUCUCAUACUUUUUAAAUCUUUUCUACGACCAUCUUAACUUCAGUUUUCAACUAUUGUUUUGCCUUAAAAAUCACUCUCAUGUGCUUAUACCAAGUACAAAAUUAGGUAAGCUGUUCUAAAUAGAUAUGGCAAAUGAAUAAAUGUAGCACAAUCCUUCUACUUAUCUCUCAAUAAGUAAAUCAAAUUGCAAAUGAAAUUUGCCAAAAUGUUAAUGUUCAUGUCAUGAUUCGUAUGCAUACUGU